AUUGACAUUUGACAGAAUACUCACUGUCAUUGAUCAUUGACUGUCAAUGUCAAUGCUGUCAUUUUCAUUGAAAAAAAAAAGCGUGAACUACCUUUGAACAUUUUUCGUUUUAAUUACAUAUUAGAAUAAGUAACAGCAAGAUUUAUAACCUUUAACCAUGUCUGGUCGUGAGGGCGGUAAAAAGAAACCACUAAAAGCACCUAAAAAAGAUUCAAAAGAAUUAGAUGAUGACGAUCUAGCACACAAGCAGAAAUUGAAAGAGCAGCAGAAGGCUUUACAAGACGCCAAAUCGAAGGCUUCGCAAAAAGGGCCUUUAGUGGGAGGUGGUAUCAAAAAAUCCGGGAAGAAGUAGUGUUGAUGUUUUUUAAUAAUUUUUUUUAAUUGAUGAAAUAAAUUUACCUCAAGGAGACAGUGACUAAUAUACAAGAUUUGUAAAUA